AUGCAACAGCAACCUCCAGUCUCUGAGGCGUCCAAGAUGGCUCCUACCACCUAUGCGUUCCAAUCUCAAUACGCUCAUUCAUUGAGCAAAUUCUCUACUACUUGUGCAUUGCCAGCACAAUUCAUUCAAUUCCAUGGAGUUUCUCAAGAGCAAUAUUCCAAAUGCUGCCAAAAGCUUGAUGCCAUUUUAAUAGAUUAUUAUGCCAUUGAAGAAAGAAAGCAAACAAUUUUAACAAUUUGUGCUGUUCUUGGAAUCGGACUCAUUCCAUUGGUGGCAGUGAUGAUUUAUGUUGGUUUAGAUGAACUCUUUUGGAAGAAGAGUCGAGAUAGAGAAUUGAGAGGCAAAUUGCAAGCUGUGGUGGAUGAAACCAACACGAAUUUUAAACCAUAUGGUGCAUGGCUUGCGUUGGAUGUUUCACUUCAAACCAAUACUUUUGGAGUUCCUUUGGAAAGUUAUGAAUUGAAAGUUAUUUCAUUUAGAGUUCAAUUACCUCCCAAUCAACCUCUUGCAUCUCCUGUUAAAAUAUAUGAAACAAAGUCAACAUUUAAUAAGGAAUGCCGUUGCUUUGAUGUCUAUUUACCAGAAACAAUUUCACAACAAUUUGGAUUAUCAGCUGAUGAAUGGAAGAAUGCAAUUAAUAGAAUGAAUAGUGAAACAGAAGCGAGCUUACAAGUUUUCUACAAGUAUAUUACUGCUCCAUUGUAUUGGUCAAUCAUUGUUUCUGCUCCCUUGUUGGGAAUUCCAUUUCUUCUUGCUUUGCCUUUUCUUGUUGUUUACUGGAUUGCCAUUUACUAUGCUACAGUCAAGCCAUUUAGUGAAACUGCUGAAAAGGUCAACAUCCCUGCUAUUGUGAAGGAACAAAACGAGAAAGUUUUCAAUCCAAAGGGCUUGCAUUUGAAUUUAGCUUCUCAACGCUCUGGAACAAAUGCGUUGAAUUAUGCCACAGUCACUACUCUUCAAUUAUUCAAGCAAUAA